CGGGAUAUACAAAAUUGACUUACUGCAAAGAAGUUUAUUGGAGUAUAUAUGUGUUUUUGACUGGUUUUAUUUGGUGUCUUCUUUGCUACAAGUCACCCCUUAGCACGGCAUCAAGGGUAUAAAGCAAAGUCCACCUACAAUAAACACCAGCGCGUCAGAUAAACCGGAACCACUUAUGAGAAACCAAUAUCUACGUUUUUAAUAUCGAUGACACGAGGAGAGAAGUGGAUCACUAAUGAUAACACCAGCACUUAACUAAAUAAGUCUAACGCGAUGGGGCCGUGGCGCUGCCGAGGCUCCUCGGGGAUGAUUCGCCGAGCUUCGGAUUGUUGAGUUCGAGGUUGUUAUGCUCAUGCUAGUCAGAUAUGGCUUCAUCUAGUUUUUCUCCGGUUUUUUCAUUAAGAGUUCUACGUACAAAUCGACGCUGCUUGGUUCCAACGUCUAGCUCUACCAUAAAACAAAUUAUUCCAUAAGGGAUUUAUAUAUAUCUAUCUACCUUAUAAUAGAGAUACACUUAAGACUAUCAGCUGGAACUCGACAUGGCGCAGGAUAGCAAUAACCAGCAGCCCACGACGGCACAACUGGACGAGGUUAAAGCGGCCGUGCGCCAGCUCCUGCAUCAACCUGACUACGACGAUGGAUCCGCGGGCCCCGUGCUUGUACGACUUGCCUGGCACGCAUCAGGAACUUACUGCGCGAAGACUAACACGGGAGGAUCGAACGGCGCCGGGAUGCGCUACGAGAAGGAAGGCGGCGACCCAGCCAACGCCGGCCUCCAACACGCACGCGCGUUCCUCGAGCCCCUGAAGGCUAAGUUCCCAUGGAUCACAUACGCAGACCUCUGGACGCUCGCCGCCAUCGUCGCGAUCAAAGAGAUGGGCGGGCCGGAAAUCCCCUGGCAAGGCGGCCGCACCGACUUCACCGACGAUAGCAAGAUCCCCCCGCGGGGGCGGCUCCCCGACGGCGCCCAGGGCGCCGAGCACCUGCGCUUCAUCUUCCACCGGAUGGGCUUCAGCAAUCAAGAGAUCGUGGCCCUAUCGGGCGCGCAUAACCUCGGUCGGUGCCACGGAGAUCGCUCGGGGUUCGAGGGCAAGUGGGUGAACAAUCCGACGCGCUUCUCAAACCAGUACUACAAGCUGCUGCUUGCGAACGACUGGAAGAAGACGACGCUGCCGAGCGGGGUUACGCAGUUCGUGUAUGUGGAGGAGGACGAGGGGGAGGGGGAGGGGGAGAGCGCGGCGGAGAAGACGGAAGGGCUGAUGAUGCUGCCGACGGAUAUAGCGCUGUUGUCGGACCCGGCGUUUCGCCCGUGGGUCGAGAAGUACGCGGCGGAUAAGGAUUUGUUCUUCGAGCACUUCUCUGCCGUGUUUGCCAAGUUGCUCGAGCUGGGCAUCGAGCGGGAUGCGAACGGCAAGGUUGUCAACGAGGAGAAUGCCGAGGAGGGGUACAAGAGCGCGCCGAAGAAGAGCGAUGCGGCUACGGCGCCGGGAGAUCAGAGCCCGGGCCAGGUUGGCCACGAGGCGCGUCCGUUGAAGGAGGAUAAUGAGAAGGCUCGGAAGAGGAGGGAGGGCGCGAAGCUAUAGAGUAUAGAGAUGGAGGGCUUUUGUAGGCUGGAUAGAUGUGGUGCGUGUCGUCAGGGCUGUGCAUAUAUGUAUAGACUAACUAGACAGAGCACAAGUCGGCGUCUACAUAGAGACGGACUGGUCGCAUGUGUUUAGAAAGAGAUCAUAGAAUAGAUCAUAAUAUAAUUCACCGUUGAUGAGAAUUUC